AUGAAUCUUCGCAAGAUUCGGCAUGCAGAAGUGAAGCAGGAGCCAUUACUUUGCACAGGUUGUUGUGGUGACAAACAGACGUCACCACGAAAAAGACUAAGACACCCCUCCGACUGCUUUAUUUCGCUUCAUUGUGGCAGCUACCGCGGGAUGUAUUAUGUUUGUUGGUUUAUCGUUGGCCUCUCCCAGGAGGAUCGCUCCUGCAACGUGGUGAACGUUCCGAAAACGUGCCGGACCUUCUGUAAGAAGCGUGGCAAGCACCAGCCCCACAAGGUGACACAGUAUAAGAAGGGCAAAGACUCUCUGUAUGCCCAGAGAAAGCGGCGUUUUGAUAGGAAGCAGAGUGGCUAUGGGGGACAGACUAAGCUGAUUUUCCGGAAAAAGGCUAAAACUACAAAGAAGAUUGUGCUGAGGCUUGAGUGCGUGGAUCCCAACUGCAGGUCUAAGAGAAUGUUGGCUAUUAAGAGAUGUAAACAUUUUGAAUUGGGAGGAGAUAAGAGAAACGGGCAAGUGAUCAAGUUCUAAUCUUUGUCUUCUGUUUUGUUAUGAAGACAAUAAAAUCUAAAGAUUAAAAAAACUAACUCUAAAAAUUACAUAAAAAUGCGAAGACAGAUUAGCAGAAAUAAUUUUGAAAAGAACAGUACUGAGGAAUUCAAAUCCCCUCAUUUUAAGGCUUACGAUAAAGGUACAGUAGUUAAGACUGUGUAGUAUUGCCACUAGUAUGGAUAUCUAUAAAACAAAAUGGAAAAUUCAGAAAUAGACCCACAUCUAUGUAGUAGAUUGAUUUUCAA